AUGGCCUUCGUGGCAGCACUGGAGACGAAGAGAGGCGACGUCCUGGAUGCUGGGCUGGGAAUGACCAACAAGAAAGGCGGCUGCAACAAUGACUUCGUGGCCUUCGACUCUCCCUCGCAAAUCCGGUUUAAGAUGGCCCAUACCACUGACACGGCAAGGUUAUCCCCUAUUCACUCCCUAUACCUCUACAUCACAGUCUGGGUCUAUAAGGAGUUCGACGUGAUCAAGAUCAGGAAGGACAGCGCUCGAGUCCUCCAUUCCAACAUUACCGCUUCUGCCCAAUAA